CUAUAAAAUGUUGAAGAAGUCAAGCUUGCUGCCUCCUAUAACAGCUCUGGUUUGUUUAUGUUUACAGUAGUCACGGCAGGAGAAGCUUUUUGACAGAAAGACCACCCACACAGUCCAGUAGACAAGCAAGUGUACCGAAAGAAGAUGAGAAUGAACCAACGAGUACCAGUCCGGACCAGGAAGAUAGAGAAUCUGUAGCUGAUAUACGAGACCCUGAAGACUUUAAAGAAAUAUUCCAACCUAAACAUAGAAUAGAUAGAUCACCAACUAGAAAGAUGGAACCAUUCCAACCUCCAAGUGAUGAUGAGCCUGUUAAACAACCAGCACCAAAAGCCAAACCAGCAACCACUCAAGCAAAGACAACCAAGCGUGAGCUUCCACAGACACGCCAGCCGGAUCCACCAGCACCAAGGCAACAGCAACCACCACGACAGCCUGAGCCAGCACGGCAACCAGACCCAACACCAAGGGUACCGGAACAGGAUAUGAGAGCGAAACCUUCUAAACAAACAGUUCAUGUGCCUCCAACACGACGGCAGCCAUCACCACCACCAGGGGACGGAGGUGUAAAUCCUGAAGACUUUUUACCUCCUGAAGUUGCAAACCAAGGGCAAGCUCAGAAUCUGUCGGAAGAUGCAAGCUUAGACAUGAUAGUCAAGGGCCAUAACACCAUGUUAUCUGUAUUGUCAAGUAGGAGUAAAAGUUUACAAACAGUUAGGGUCAUGUGGACUUCAGGAAAUACCAAAACUGCUAUAGAUUCAGCAAUAAGUAUGAAUGACAAAGGUGUGAUAGUUGACGUUCUUAAUGUUCUUAAUGCCAAAUCUGGGUUAUGGAAUCUGGAUAUAUCUGCCAGUUUACUACCACAUAUAAGAGAUCUGAUUGCACAUAAAUACGAGGAGUAUGUAAUGAUUGCCUGCGAGUCAUUGAAGAUAAUACUGAAGAACUUUGGGCCUCUGAUCAAAGCCAACCUUACUGCACCACCAAGCUAUGGUGUGGAUCUCUCUAGAGAAGAAAGGUACAGAAAAUGCAAUGGAUGUUAUAAACAUUUAAUGGACAUUCGAACUGUUGUCGACAAAAAAUCAUCGAUAUCAGGGAAAGUUGGACAUACUUUUAGACAGCUUCAAAUUUUACUAGGAUCUUUAGAUUGAACGCUCGUAUUUCUCUUUCGUCUUUACCAGCUUAGGCUACAUUGUCUCGAUGGCAUUAGAAUUGAUCUGUCUUGUGAAGGAAUUUAUAGAUGUGCAGUGCGGAUUUUCAUGUUCUAAUGAAAAACGGUUGAAAUGGCUGUGUGAUAUAUAUUAUACAGGGUGGAUUUUGACAGCUGCUUCUGAGGAAAUUAUAUGCAAUAAAAUAUUGUGAUAUAACUGUAUUCUAUAAUUCUAGUGCUAAAUAUAUACAAGGUGUUAAGUGUCACUGGAAUGUGAUAAAAACCUUUAAGUAAAUAACCAAGUUAUAUAAAAAAGAUGUGAUAAAUAUAACCUGUAAAAGAUGGAAAUAAGUACCGGGUAUUAAUAGAGGAAAUUUAAACUGGUUUCGGUGUAAAGAUUGUCAAGAUAUGAGUAUUGCUAAAGGAGGACAUUCUUUUCCUGUAGUCAUCAAAAGUGUUUUAUAUAUUGAUACUGGCAGUUUCAGCGCUAUUCUCAAUAGUACUGUUUUUAUUGAUCAGCACUUGUAUGAAGUCUAUCUGAAAUAGGCCGAGUUACAACAUUGGACCACAGUUAACUCUUUUUUUCAAAUUGCUAUGAAUAACAACGUUGGGCCACAGUAAAGUUUGUUUUCAAAUGCUAUGAAUUACAACAUUGGGCACAUUUAACUGUUUUUAAAUUGCUAUGAAUUUCAGCAUAAGGCCUCAGUUAACUCUGUUUUCAUAGUGCUAUGAAUUAAAACAUUGGGCCACAGUUAA